GGGACCUUUAUAGGGAGCGCCCGCCGCGCGCUGGGAAGUCGGUGCCGCCGCCGUCUCCGCGUCCGCCAUGCGUCCCGGGGCGCCAGGGCCACUGUGGCCUCUGCCCUGGGGGGCCCUGGCUUGGGCCGUGGGCUUCGUGGGCUCCGUGGGCUCCCUGGGCUCGGACCCCGCGCCCGCUGGGGUCUGCUGGCUGCAGCAAGGCCAGGAGGCCACCUGCAGCCUGGUGCUCCAGACCAACGUCACCCGGGCCGAGUGCUGUGCCUCCAGCAACAUCAACACCGCCUGGUCCAACGUCACCCACACGGGGAACAAGAUCAACCUCCUUGGCUUCCUGGGACUUGCCCACUGCCUCCCCUGCAAAGAUUCGUGCGACGGGGUGGAGUGCGGCCCGGGCAAGGCGUGCCGCCUGCUGGGGGGCCGCCCGCGCUGCGAGUGCACCCCCGACUGCGCGGGGCUCCCGGCGCGCCUGCAGGUCUGCGGCUCGGACGGCGCCACCUACCGCGACGAGUGCGAACUGCGCGCCGCGCGCUGCCGCGGCCACCCGGACCUGCGCGUCAUGUACCGGGGCCGCUGCCGCAAGUCCUGUGAUCGUGUGGUGUGCUCACGGCCGCAGUCGUGCGUCGUGGACCAGACUGGCAGUGCCCACUGCGUGGUGUGUCGGGCGGCACCCUGCCCUGUGCCUGCCGGCCCCGGCCAGGAGCUCUGUGGCAACAACAACGUCACCUACAUCUCCUCGUGCCACCUGCGCCAGGCCACCUGCUUUCUGGGCCGCUCCAUCGGCGUGCGCCACUCGGGCAGCUGCACAGGUACCUUUGUAGGCACCCCUCAGGAGCCCCCAGAUGGUGAAUCGGAGGAGGAGGAAGAGAACUUCGUGUGAGCCUGCAGGACAGGCCUGGGCCUGGCGCCCAAGGCCCCCCACCACCCCCUGUUAUUUAUUGCCACAGCAGAGUCUAAUUUAUAUCCCACGGACACUCCCUAAACCUGGAUUCAGACCACUUGGGGAUCCCAAAACCCCCUGACGAUAUCCUGGAAGGAUUGAGGAAUGGAGGCCUGGGGCCAGCUGGUGGGUGGGAUGGACCUUCGUCCCAGGCACUGAGGGCUCGAUUAAACCCCUAUCCUGAGUCCUAUUGCCAGGGAGGACCCCACACUUCUGCUCCUUUGGGGAUAAACCUAUUAAUUACUGCUACCUUCAAGAGGGCUGGGCAUUCCCUACUGGUAAUUCCUGAAGAGGCAUGACUGCUUUUCUCAGCCCCAAGCCUCCUAGAACAGGGGCCUUGGGCUCGGGCCAGGAGGGGCAGAGGAGAUUAGCCUGGGUGUGAAUGGAUGGUCUAGCCUGGGUGAGUGCAGAUGGUCUAGCUUGAGUGUGAAUGAAUGGUCUAGCCUGGGUAUGAAAGGAUGAUCUAGCCUGGGUGAGUGCAGAUGGUCUAACUUGAGUGUGAAUGAAUGGUCUAGCUUGGGUGUGAAUGAAUGGUCUAGCUUGAGUGUGAAUGAAUGGUCUAGCCUGGGUGUGAACAGGUGGUCUAGCUUGGGUGUGAAUGGAUGGUCUAGUCUGGGUGAGUACAGAUGGUCUAGCUUGAGUGUGAAUGAAUGGUCUAGCCUGGGUGUGAAUGAAUGGUCUAGUCUGGAUGUGUACAGAUGGUCUAGCCUGGGUGUGAACAGAUGGUCUAGCCUGGGUGAAUACAGAUGGUCUAGCCUGAGUGUGAAUGAAUGGUCAAGCCUGGAUGUGUACAGAUAGUCUAGCCUGGGUGGGUACAGAUAGUCUAACUUGAGUGAAUACAGAUGGUCUGGCCUGGGUGUGUAUGGAUGGUCUGGACAGGGUGUGAAUGGAUGGUCUAACUUAAGUGAAUACAGAUGGUGUAGCCUGGGUGUGAAUGGAUGGUCUAGCCUGGGUGUGUACGGAUGGUCUGGACUGGAUGUGUAUAGAUGGUCUGGACUGGGUGUGAACAGAUGGUCUAACCUAAGUGAAUACAGAUGAUCUAGCCUGGGUGUGUAUGGACAGUCUAGCCUGGGUGUGAAUGGACGGUCUAGCCUGGGUGUGAAUGGAUGGUCUAACCUGGGUGUGAAUGGACGGUCUAACCUGGGUGUGAAUGGACGGUCUGGCCUGGGUGUGUGUGGACGGUCUGGCCUGGGUGUGAGUGGACGGUCUGGCCUGGGUGUGUGUGGACGGUCUGGCCUGGGUGUGAGUGGACGGUCUGGCCUGGGUGUGUGUGGACGGUCUGGCCUGGGUGUGAGUGGACGGUGUGGCCUGGGUGUGAGUGGACGGUCUGGCCUGGGUGUGUGUGGACGGUGUGUCCUGGGUGUGAGUGGACGGUCUAGCCUGGGUGUGAGUGGAUGGUCUAGCCUGGGUGUGUGUGGAUGGUCUGGCCUGGGUGUGAAUGGAUGGUCUAGCCUGGGUGUGAGUGGAUGGUCUAGCCUGGGUGUGUGGACGGUCUAGCCUGGGUGUGAAUGGACGGUCUAGCCUGGGUGUGUACGGAUGGACCUCAGAACAUUGUGGCCUUGCCCAGCAGGAGAGACCCUUCAUGAAGGCCAGGAAGGCUGCCACUGUCCCCUCCUCCCAGCCCUUGAACUCCAACUUCCCCUCUGCCUCUGUGUGCCCCUUUGCGUACUGUGAAGGCCACUGAGAAACACCCAGCGUGCUCCUGACACGGGCCAUGCUC